AUUUAAAGAACGAAGAAAUCGCGAUAAACUUUGACACGAAAUAAACAAACAAAGAGCAUUUCGAGUAUCAAAAUCCAAUGGUCCUUUGGACUCGAUUCCGACCACCGAUUUCACUUCAGUAGUGAUUUGUUUGCGUCCAGGUCAGCGGUGCGCAGUGCCACACCACCACACAAAAAUCCUCAUUAAAUUCCAACAUUACAUAACAGUGUGGCAAUACCACCAUUGAUGUGUUGUUAUUAUUAAUCAUCACGAUAAUAAAUUAAAAAUUAUAAUGUCAUCGACUCGAUUGUUAUCAUUCCGACGGUGUUUGCCAUUGCGCCGAUCAUCUGCGGCCGGAUGGAACCAUCCCGAAUCAGCUGGUGCCCAGCUCCAGUCACCAUCUGGUUCUAGUAGGGGAAGUAGGUGCACACUGGUUAGAACCAUGUCUUCGGCGAACCUCACUUUGGACAACCUUAAUCCCCAAAUCAAGGUCAUGGAGUAUGCCGUGCGGGGGCCCUUGGUCAUUAGGGCGGGGGAAAUUGAAAAAGAACUAGAAAAGGGGGUGAAAAAACCGUUCAACGAAGUAAUUAAGGCAAAUAUUGGCGACUGUCACGCCAUGGGCCAAGUGCCCAUCACCUUCAUCCGUCAAGUUUUGGCCCUCGUGUCGUACCCCCCACUCCUCGACGAUCCCACUUUUCCUGAAGAUGUCAAAGAAAGAGCAAAAACAAUCCUAAAAGGUUGCAGAGGAAGUUCCGUUGGUUCCUACACCGAUUCUCCUGGAAUUGAAGUAAUUCGAAAACAUGCAGCCCAAUACAUCGAAAAACGCGAUGGAGGAAUUCCUUGUGAUUGGCAGAACGUUAUCCUCAGUGCAGGUGCAAGUGAUGCUAUCAAGAAUGUGUUGAAAUUGUUGAUUUGUAAUGUGGGGGGAAAGAAGCCGGGAGUUAUGGUUCCUAUUCCUCAGUAUCCUCUCUAUUCGGCGUCUUUGGCCGAAUUCAAUAUGCACCAAAUUGGGUACUUUUUGGACGAGUCGAAGGGCUGGGGAUUGGAUGUGUCUGAACUCCAGCGCUCAAUCGACGAAGCGAGAAAAGUCUCCAACCCCCGAGCGAUCGUAAUCAUAAACCCGGGGAACCCCACAGGCCAAGUUCUCUCUAGACAAAACAUCGAAGAAAUCAUCAAAUUCGCCUACAAGGAGAAGCUCUUCCUAUUCGCCGACGAAGUAUACCAAGACAACGUAUACGCCGAAGGCUCCCAAUUCUAUUCGUUCAAGAAGGUUUUGAUCGAGAUGGGCAAACCCUAUAGUGACAUGGAACUGGCAAGUUUCAUGUCUUGCUCAAAAGGCUACAUGGGCGAGUGUGGCUUGAGAGGGGGCUAUGCCGAAGUCAUCAACAUGGACCCCCAAGUGAAAGCAAUGUAUUUGAAAGCGAUUAGUGCAAUGUUGUGUCCCACGGUUUUGGGGCAAGCGACUCUUGACACUAUUGUACAUCCACCACAGAAGGGCGAACCGAGCUACGAGCUGUUUAUGAAGGAGAAACGCGGGGUUCUUGAGUCACUUAAGCUGAGAGCGAAGAUGGUAGCUGAGACCUUCAAUUCGUUCGAAGGAUUCAAAUGUAAUCCAGUCCAGGGUGCUAUGUAUGCGUUCCCUCAGUUCACUCUCCCGUCUAAAGCCGUCGAAGAAGCGAAAAAACAGAACAAAGCACCUGAUGUGUUCUAUGCUUUUGAGUUACUCGAAAAUACAGGAAUUUGUAUUGUGCCUGGAUCAGGAUUUGGACAACAACCAGGCACUUAUCAUUUCCGUACUACAAUCUUGCCACAAACUGACAAACUCAAGGUUAUGUUAGAUAAAUUUAAAGAGUUUCAUACAACAUUUCUUAAGAAGUAUGGAUAAGAAACUCUAGACUAAAAUUGUUGAAUUUUAUUGUUACUCUUAUCGGUACCAAUGUAUUUUUUUUGUAAAUAAUUUAAGUUUAAACACGCAAAUGUAAAAAGUAACUAAAUUGUAAAAACAGUUUUAUAAAGUGUGCCCCU